AUGGGAGAACCAAAUAUUUACUGCCCUCUUUGUUGCAAUGAUACCUUUGAUUCAAAGCAGGCACUUUUUGAACAUUUAUUUAGCAUAUCUUCAAAUCUGAUUUGUCCAGUAUGCACUGAAAGAUUUACGACAUUAGAACAAUUAGUAGCUCAUUUGAAACGUGAUUAUUGUACAUUAAUUAAUCCUCAGACAAGUGUUAUAUUUGAAGACAACUCACAAAUUGAAACUAAUGAGAGCUCUUUAGAAAAAACAAAUUUAAAACUCGAUUUGAAUAAUGAUGAUAAUCAGGAGAAUGACAUAGAAAGGCAAAUAUCUACUUUCCAUGCUAUAAAAAUUAAUAAAAAUCAAGGCCCAGAAGUAGGUAAAAUGUAUGUAGAGUUAUUAAGUAAACAACUUACAAAGCCUUGCUUACAAACUCAGGAACUGAAGUUAGUGAAAGAAGAUGGAGAAAGUCGCUAUGUGAUUGUGACCAGUGAAGAAUCAGCUUUAAAUUCUGGUGUUGCAAUUGUAACAAAACAGAAUAAUGAUGGUACUAUAUCCCUGACCACAUUAAAAGAUUCUCAAACUACAUUGAAUAUGGAAGACAAAACAGAGAGUGAGAACAAUGUAACUUUAGAGACUAGUCAAGAGACAGAAACUGACAAAAGCCAAGAAGAAAUCUAUAGUUGCAAUACUUGUGGAGUAUCUUUUUCAUCUGUACUUGAACAUAUACAGAACUACCACAAUGAUCAAGAUGUUGUAGUUGAGGAACCCUUGGAUGACAGUAACAGUGGUAUCCCUAUAGAAUUUGAACAAGUUGCAAAUGAGGAGUCAUCAGAUAAACAAACAUCAAGAAGAAUGAUAACAGAAACUGGGGAUAUAAUUGAAACACCUUUGAUUGAUGUGGAUGAUGCUAGUGAAGUGCAAAGGGAACCCGUGAAGUUUGUGAUUCCAUUGAAAGAAGAAACUCGGGAUAAGCAAGGCCGUGGGUACACGCGUCGUUAUGUACAAAUAGAUAAAUUUUGUAACAGUGUAGUUAAGGAUAUUAAACCUACUGAAGAAGAAAACAAUGGUCCAUACCAUAAGGUAGUAAUAAAAGAAUUGCAAACUACAAAGGGUGAAAAGAUGAAGGUGUACAACUGUAUGUCGUGUAAUAUAUAUGUAUCGUCUCUGGCAGAAUUCAAUCAACAUCCUUGUAAAGUUUUAAAGUACCCAUGUUCACAAUGUCCUGUAGCCUACGAAAAUUCAAAAUCAUUGUGUGCACAUAUGAAAGUACACAAAACAAAAAUGGAAUUUAUUUCAGGAACCACCUACAUCGUACCGGAUAAGUUUGAAUGUGAAACAUGUACCACCGUGUUCUCUACAAGCAAGUCCUUGAAACUUCAUAAAAGAAUGCAUGACCCUAUCAAAUCUCGUCCAAUAGAGCCUCCAGUAGAAACACCAGAAGGCACGGCGGCGAGUGAGGACAAGUUCCUAUGCUCUGUAUGCGACAAGCUCAUCCCCAUGGACUACAGGACAAUACACCAGAACUCCCAUAAAACAACCAAUAAGAUGAACUGCGACAUAUGCAAUAAGAAGUUCCACUCGAGAGAAUAUUUGGAUAUGCAUAUGAGUGUACAUAAUUUGGAUAAGGUAAUUGUAGGCAAGCAAGACAAAUCCCUUCCAUACAUGUGUUUGUACUGUAACAGGAAAUUCGCGAGGCCACAUGAAAAAGUUAAACAUGAAAGGAUACAUACGGGAGAGAAGCCCCACUCGUGCGAGAUAUGCGGCAAGGCGUUCCGCGUGUCCUACUGCCUCACGCUGCACAUGCGCACGCACACCGGCGCGCGCCCCUACGCCUGUCCGCACUGCGACAAGAGGUUUAAGGCCCAUAGUGUGUACAAUCACCACCUCUUAACACACUCGGAGGUGCGCGCGUACAAGUGUCCGUUCUGCCCCAAAGCGUUCAAGACGUCGGUGCAACUCGCCGGCCAUAAAAACUCUCAUACGAAACCGUUUUCUUGCCAACAGUGUAAUAGGCCGUUCGCGUCGCUGUACGCGGUGCGCGUGCACAUGGAGGUGCACGCGCGGCAGAACAGCCUGAAGUUCGCGUGCACGCGCUGCGGCGCCAGCUACGCGCGCGCCUUCGCGCUCAAGGACCACGUGCGGCAGGCGCACCGCGACCUGCCCGCACAGUUGACUCUUAAAGAUGAAGAAUGGAUGGUGCAAGAGAACGCGGACCUAGACUCGGAUGGAAUGCAACUGAACAAAGAGUUGCCGCAAGAGAUAAAUGAAUUGGGUAUGAGUUCAAGUGAACUGAUUGUUCCA